UCCAGAAAAUAAUUGGAAGAACUUGAAGAUGAUCAAUUUUGUUGUAGGGAUUUUUGGUCAAUGUGAUUUUCAAGUUCUUGAAACUGAGACAUCAAACCAUUUAGCAAGGUGAAGUAAUUCUGGUGGAGCUCUUGGCGAUCAUUGCGAGAUUAGAUUGUUCAAGCAAGUGAGUUGCAAUAUUCAAAAUCCAUACUUAGCCGCAGAGAGAUGCUCUUCCGCGUGGCGUCCUUAUCCCCUAACAAGACCUCCUUCCUCCUUUCCUGCUUCUCCAGAACCACCGAUUCACUGUUUUUCCAUUCCAAACGCUUUAAUAAUCUCCAACACAACUACGUUUGGUUGCCGGUCAAGCAUAUUGCCACAAACCAACCAAAGAAUCCCAUUUCAACGGCGAGAAAGGCUACGCACAAUUAUUCCACCACUUCCGCUCAAGCUCUUGUCCAGGAACCUCCAAAUUCGAGCACCCGAAGAUCCCGUAAGAAAGAACGCCGUGAGUCCCCAGAGAUGAUUCUCCGCGUGAACCUCGAUCAGUGCUCCAGCAGCGGCAACUUGGAUAGCGCCCUUCUCUUGUACAGCGAGGCCAGGGGCAAUAACGUCCAACUCAAUGUACAUCAUUACAAUGUAUUGCUCUAUCUCUGUUCCAGCACUGGCAAUGGUGAGGUGGAUGCCGGAAAGUUGGACAAAGGGUUUGAGAUUUUUAAGCAGAUGCAGAUCGACAAGGUUGUACCGAACGAAGCCACGUUUACCAAUGUCUCGAGGCUGGCGGCCGCUAAGAAAGAUCCUCAACUGGCUUUCGAUUUGGUCAGACAGAUGAAGGAACAAGGGAUAGCUCCGAAGCUACGGUCUUACGGGCCCGCAUUGUUCGGGUUCUGCGGGGAAGGUCUUGCUGACGAGGCGUAUGAGGUGGACUCGCACAUGAAGGAAUGUGGGGUAUCCCCUGAGGAGACCGAGCUUUGUGCUCUUCUAAGAGUUAGUUCUGAAACUGAGAGAGAUGGGAAAGUGUAUGAAAUGAUGCAUAGGCUGAGGUCGACAGUGAGGCAAGUUUCGGAGGAGACUGCAGCUGUGGUGGAAGAGUGGUUUAAGUCGAAUAAGGCUGCGCGAGUCGGGAAUGAGAAAUGGGAUAAGGGUAAAGUGAGGGAAGGAGUUUUGGAGGGUGGAGGUGGGUGGCAUGGGCAAGGGUGGUUGGGAAAAGGGAGUUGGAGAGUGGUGAGGACGAGUAUGGACGAGAGAGGGGUUUGCGGGUCGUGUGGGGAGAGGCUUGUCUGUAUCGAUAUUGAUCCGGAAGAGACGGAGAAUUUUGCAAAGUCGCUGUCGAGAAUGGCCUGUCAGAAAGAAGCUGGGACAAACUUUGUGAAAUUUCAGGAGUGGCUUCGACAGCGUGGUCCAUUUGAUGCUGUGAUCGAUGGUGCUAAUUUGGGGCUUGCUAAUCAACAUAAAUUCAGUUUCCCUGAGAUUGCGAGAGUUGUGAAUCAAAUGCGUCAGAUCAGUCCUUCAAAGAAAUUACCACUUGUUGUUCUACAUCAGAGCCGAGUAACUGGUGGUCCAGCUCAGCAUCCUAACAACAAGAAAUUGCUGGAAAGCUGGAAAAAGGCAGGGGCACUUUAUGCGACGCCUCAGGGUUCAAAUGACGAUUGGUAUUGGUUGUAUGCUGCUGUGAAUUCAAAGUGCUUGCUGGUUACAAACGAUGAGAUGAGGGACCACUUGUUCAAUCUUUUAGGCAAUAACUUCUUUCCUAGAUGGAAAGAGAAGCAUCAGGUCCGGAUAAAACCUUCUCUUAAAGGGCUACUAACCUUGCGCAUGCCACCUCCUUAUUCACUUGUCAUCCAGGAAUCUGAACAAGGUAGUUGGCAUAUACCGACUGUUACUGGAGAUGAUCUUGAGACCCCAAGACAAUGGAUUUGCGCUACAAGGAUGAGACCACAGGUUUAGUCCCCAUCAUUCCAUGUAAGAUGAGAGAUGAACAUAUACUGAUAUUCUGGAAUUCAUUCUGCUUGGAUAUUCUUUCUGCCUUCAACCAUGGUCUUGUGUAAGCUUAGAAGGAAAUUAAGAAUCUUGGUCAUAAAUGCAAUGUUUAAAUUAAAAAUGAAUGACCAAAUGUGUAAUACCUUUGGCAAGGGUCCUUUUCUGAUUAUUAUUUACUUCAUACAUUGUCUUUUUGUUUUACAGCAUGUGUAUGGUUGUUCAAUUUCAGUAAAG